AUUGGUCAAAAGUUCAUAGCGCACGCCUCGACUACGCCCUCCAGUCCCGAUUAAAAUUGUCAAUGCGCGGUCCAGGUCGAGUGCAGACGUGAACGCAGUCAGAACACUUCUGUCGGGGUUGACCAUCACAAGGGGACGACCACGAGCAACAGGGUAAAGUUCGUCAUCAUCAAAGUGAAAGAAGUCAGCUGCCGAGUCACUAAUACGGAGUCGCGACAAUGGCGGACCACGAGAAGACCAAUGAGGCUGAAGCUGCAGCUAAUGGGGAGCAACAGAAUGUUGUUUCUCGUGUAAGCAACCUGCCACUGGUGAGUUCGGCUUGCGGCGCAGUCUGCAACGCCUACGCCAGCACCAAAGACAGCGUGCCCAUGCUGAAGGGAGUGAUGGAUGUGGCCGAAAGCGGCGUUCGAACCCUCGGGGCGGCUGCUGCCACGGGAUCCAAGCCUCUUUUGAACAUCAUCGAACCGCAGCUGGCCACAGUGAAUGAAUACGCCAUGAAAGGGCUGGACAAGGUGGAGGAGAAGCUGCCCAUUCUUCAGCAGCCAGCAGAAAAGGUAGUGUCCGAUACAAUCGGGAUGGUUUGCCAGUCGGUGACGGGUGCCAAAGACGCCGUGGUGGGGGCGGUGAUGGGCAGCGUGGAGAAGACGCGGUCGGCCGUCAGCGGAGGCAUCAGCACCGUGAUGGGCACCGGCGUUGGCCAGAUGGUCAGCAACGGCGUGGGUCUGGCCCUCACCCGCUCCGAGGACUGGGUGGAGCAGAACCUGCCGCUCACUGAGAGGGAGCUGGCCGCUGUGGCCGAGCCCGCCACGUAUCAGGUGACCGCCUCGUCGGCCACCCCCAGCUACUUUGUCCGUCUGGGCAACCUCUCUGCCAAAGUGCAGGAGCGAGCCCUCCAGCAUUCUCUGGUGCGCGCGCGGCAAGCUCGAGACGCCACGCACGCGUCCGUGACCCAGAUGACCAGUACUCUGGAUUUGCUGGAGACCGCCCGCACUAGUAUGACCUCAGGCAGCAACCAAAUAGGGGGCGCCAUAGAGCAGUUGCAGCAGCGCUGGACUGAGUGGAGUCAGAAGCAACCUGGAGGCGGCGGGCAAGCUGAAUCUGAAGGGAGCCAGGAUGAGGCCGAGCGGUUGGAACUGCGCGUGCUCUCCAUGGUGCGAGGUCUGAGCGAGCAGCUGCGCUCGGCCAGCUCCAACGUGGUGUCGAGCGCUCAGGGACUGCCGGGGGCCGUGCAGGAGCAGCUAAGCAGAGCCCGGCGUUCGGCCGACGAGCUGCAGGCCUCUCUGUUGGACACCAGCGCCCUCACCCCCCUCCUCCUGGAAAGGAGCCGCCACCACUUGACCCAAGUUCAGCAGUCUCUGGAUGGUGUCACAGAGUACUUGCUCAACAACACACCGCUCAACUGGCUGGUGGGACCCUUUUCCCCCACGGUCAGAGAGAGGAUGGCGGGAGAGACGCAGCCGGCCGGAACGCCGCUCCAGCACAUUUCAAAUGCUACUUAGUCAUGUUUUUGCAUUUUCAAUCAUUGUAUUCCAUAUCUGCAAAUAAUGAAAGACAUGAGUUGUAAUAACGCCUAUAAUGUUGAAUUGCCAGUAUUAGUCAAUUCUAAAUGUACCCUAAGACAUUGUAAUAAGAUUAACUACCUUAAAAUAAAUAUACAGAUGGAUUGCAAUAAAUGAAUCGGGGUUGCAGAGAUGACAGUGAAGUCUGCCUAAUUCACAAACACCCCAAAAUACCCUGACCAAAGAUUUAUAAUUGCUUUAUUACCAGCUAUAGUUUGAGGAGCAGUGUGACAUACCAAUUUGCUUGCUAUGAAUUUAGUGAAUACAUUUGUAGACUUCAAAUGUUGAUAGUACUGCACUUUACAAGUAAAAAGAUAUUUUCUGCUAUUCGAUUUUAAGUGCCCUUGUAAGUUGAUCAGCACACUUUGUACCCUUUUUUAUGCUCUUUUUGAUUUCAGUAUUAUGUUUAUGAUGUGAAUAAAUGUUGGUCAAGGA